AUGACGCCUUCUUGGAGACGCUGUAUUCGAGGAUUCAAGGAGUCGUUCCGUCAGAAUAAACUUUCGAUCGUGGCAACGCUAGCUAUUCGCCUCCACGUCAUGCUCGGGGAGGAUAGAUCGCCUGAGCGACUGCAGACGCUCUUGAUACCACCAGGAACCGACUUUGACGAUGAGUUUAUGGACAACGAUUACGCUGAGGGGAAUGAGUCGGAUGAUGGAGAUGAGGUGAUACCAGGAAGCGAUUUUGAACUUCUUGACGGUUUGGCUCCCACUGGCAGGAUUCCCGCGGCAACAAUUUUACAAAAGUCGGAGCACGAGAAACUCCCUGAGGCUUUGGAGGCGAUUCCAUGUAAACGGCUGCCGACUAAUCGCUAUCUACUGAACACACGGAAAUUCAGUAAAAACUGUCUUGAAGCGAUGUGCACAAUUGGGCUGUCCGCUGCACAUGUAAGACCUCAGUGCUAUCUCCUGCUCGAAGUCGACGUUUUCGAUCGAAUCGGAUCGAUAAAGUCAACUAGCGGUUCCAAACGAACAAUGGAACCACGGAAAAACACCUUCGCAACACCAUGGGCGGAUUUACACCACUGGGUCCAAUCAGUAGCCCAACGCCGAGGAGCCCACGUAAUCGCUCUUUCCCCAGACCCAAUCGACUCUGCCAACAUAACUAUCCUCAUCAGUCUCCUCCGCACAACCACCUCGAAUGAACAAAUAUUCGCAGAGGAAUGCGAUGUCUCCUUACCUGCCUCCAUACGCUCUUUCUGUACUCGAUUUCUCACCAGGCAAGACCAGAGAAUCGACGCUAUCAUCUUCGCGCACGAGUACCACCAAAUUGGCUCGUUCUUCUCGCGUAAGGACAAAGAAAAGGAGCGGAAUGCGGGUUCGUUAGCGGCUUUCUUGAUCACCACGCUGCUAUUGCCGGCACUCCUGGUUGCUCCUGUAGAACGGGACAUUCGAAUUAUCAACGUCGUCAACCCGUUUUAUGCAGCAGCCGCUACCCUCCUACCUCGUUUCGAUUCCUCAAAAGAAAGAUACCUAAACCGGAAGAAGGCUCUUCCUCUGUCCCUGUGGUCAAUACGAAAGCGCAAAAGUGAAACAUCGUCGCUCUCUCUUCACCGCCGAUUGGACGAUACGUUCCGUACCUUUCGGAAUAGCCCUCUACAUCAUCCUCCAGCCCGUCGUUUGGAUCUUCUUCAAGUCCUCAGAAAUAACUAUGCAAUCCGUGCUACACGCCCUUUUCCUCUCAACGCCAACCGACCCAAGUUCCCGAUGCGAUGCCUGAGAAGUGUUGAAGCCCGUAUUGGAAAUCCCGGAUGA